CCAGAAGCUUGAGCCUAUGCGGUGGACUGUGUGUGUGCCGGGUGGCUCGGGGACGCUAGAGUGGACCAUGGUCGAGUUGCAGGGCGUUUUGGACGGGGUGACCGAGUACUCGGCGCGGAGGCUCGGCAAGCUUACCGUCAACGACGACAACUCGGCUACGCUGAUCAUCGGGAGCCAUCUCCUGGAGGGCUCGGUGGUGACGCUCAAGCACCCGCUGGCGGCGAUGAAGCGUGUGCGGACGGGCACGCUGGCGACCGAGACAUCGUUUGAAAUUGUGGGUGUUAUCCGACGCAAGAUCUACUUUCCACACCACCCGCAGCCUCUAUCCAACGACGACGGGGCUGAGAGCGAGGCUGCGAAUCCCAAGCGGCGCAAGCUGCUCAUGCCGUAG